CAUUUGUUUCCAGUGAAAGGAGGCGAGUGCCUUGCUCCCAUCAAGGUGGGGGCUGCGAACUGCAAACACUUCUGCUCCACGGACGCUGACUGCCCCGGAUCUGAGCGCUGCUGCAGUAACGGCUGCGGGGGGGAGUGCAGACUCCCCAUAGGAGUAAACCCAGGGUACUGCCCGAAGUUCAACUCCAGCAGGGUGACAAUCUGCCUUGUGAAAUGCAGCAAUGACACCGAAUGUGGAGCUGGCAACAAGUGCUGCAGCCUGGGAUGCAAUGUGCAGUGCACACCGGCAGUGCCAGCCAAACCUGGCACCUGCCCCAAGAGGAGAGUGUUGCAGACGUUCGCUCCAUGUGAGAAUAAGUGCAGCGACGACAGGGACUGUCCCAACAGGCAGAAAUGCUGCUUUACUGGCUGUGGCCUCGGCUGUCUGGCUCCUGUAACAGGUGACAUUUGCCGACUCCCGCCUGAGACGGGCCCUUGCAAGAUGUACAGCCGUCGCUUCUUCUACCACCCGGCCUCCAGGACGUGCAAAAUAUUCAUCUACGGCGGCUGCCAGGGCAACGGGAACAACUUUAGUACUCUCCAGGAGUGCCAGCGGGCCUGCAGGAAACGCGGUAAGGGGACCAAGCGCGUGAACCCGCUCGCCUGGGCUGGGCAGCUCAGCGAGCUGGGACAGCCUGAGAAUUAA